CACACGGCUGCUCGUGGCGGGGAGCUAAACUUUUGGCAGUAGCCCCACGGAAGCGCGAUCGCCUUGUAUAUACACAGAGCGUGCGGGGCAUCAGCACAGCCCGAUGCAAAGCGCGGCACGUCGCUGCGACUGAAACCUCCGCGGCGCACCACACGACAGAAAGGGAGAGGCAACGGGAGCGAGGCAGCCUGCAUGAAAUGAAUAUGCACAGAGACGAUUCCAACGGACACCGCUUACCGAGGGACAACGCGUAAUAAAAGCAUAAAACAACGCGUAAGAGACGUGCGCUAGAGGCGAAAGGAGGACCGCUGCUCAAAGGGGGGACGCCGAAGGGACUCGACCUGCAUGUAAGAGCCACACUGGAGGCAAGAGAUGCAGCCAGCGAGCAAGCUCCUCACUCUCGUUUUCCUCAUCUUCGUGGGCACAGAACUCACCCAAGUCUUGCCAGCCAACCCAGAGGAAUCAUGGCAGGUGUACAGUUCAGCCCAGGAUAGCGAGGGAAGGUGUGUCUGCACCGUGGUGGCACCCCAGCAGUCCAUGUGUUCUCGGGAUGCCCGCACCAAACAACUGAGGCAGCUUUUAGAGAAGGUGCAGAACAUGACACAGUCCAUCCAGGUAUUGGACCAGCGGACUCAGAGAGACCUGCAGUACGUGGAGAAGAUGGAGGUACAGCUGCGGGGGCUGGAGACCAAGUUCAGACAGGUGGAAGAGAACCACAAGCAGAACAUUGCCAAGCAAUACAAGGCCAUAAAAGCGAAAAUGGAGGAGCUUAGACCGUUGAUACCAGUGUUGGAGGAGUACAAAGCCGAUGCCAAAUUGGUAUUGCAGUUUAAGGAGGAGGUCCAGAACUUGACGUCAGUGCUAAGUGAACUUCAGCAGGAGAUGGGGGCCUAUGACUACGAGGAGCUGCACAACAGAGUGUCAAAUCUUGAGGGGAGACUCCGUGCAUGCAUGGAAAAAUUAGCAUGUGGCAAACUGACGGGCAUCAGCGAGCCCAUCACAAUCAAGACGUCUGGAUCCAGGUUCGGCUCCUGGAUGACAGAUCCUCUGGCCCCUGAAGGAGACACACGGGUGUGGUACAUGGACGGUUACCAUAACAACCGCUUUGUGCGAGAGUACAAGUCGAUGCAUGACUUCAUGACGUCAGACAAUUACACGUCCCAUCGUCUGCCUCACCCCUGGUCUGGGACGGGUCAGGUGGUCUACAACGGCUCCAUCUACUUCAACAAGUUCCAGAGCCACUUCAUCAUCAAGUUCGACCUGCGCACCUCCUCCAUCAGCAAGUCCCGGCAGCUGGAUCAGGCCGGAUACAACAACGCAUAUCACUACGCCUGGGGGGGCCACUCGGACAUAGACCUCAUGGUUGACGAGGGCGGGCUCUGGGCCGUCUACGCCACCAAUCAGAACGCAGGAAACAUUGUGAUAAGUAAGCUGAACCCCAACACGUUGCAGAUCAUCAAAACGUGGACCACGAACCACCCCAAACGGAGCGCCGGAGAGUCUUUUAUGAUCUGUGGAACGCUUUAUGUCACAAAUGGCUACUCAGGAGGAACAAAGGUGUACUACGCCUACUCCACCAACUCCUCCACUUACGAGUAUAUUGACAUUGCAUUCCAGAAUAAGUACUCACAUAUAUCCAUGUUGGACUACAACCCGCGGGAUCGAGCUCUCUACGCCUGGAACAAUGGCCACCAGGUGCUCUAUAACGUUACACUGUUCCACGUGAUUCGCUCAGAAGAACUGUAACCUCAAAGCAAACUGCCCACAAAGAAGAAGUACAUGUCGUCUAUGGAGAUCUAAUAUAUCCAAGAUUAUAUCAAAACAAAAAUACUAUUGGCAGAUUUUAUAUGUGGAAAAAAACUCAGAGAUUGCAACGUGAAUGCAAAGUAGGUUGAAUGUGCAUAUACAAAAGAGCCAAAGGGUUUCAUUCCAAAAUAUGGAGUUGUUAUUUAUGAAAAGAGAUGUACGAACUCAGAAAACACUCAUGAUUGUCAAACACCUUUGUAAAUAAAACUAUUAUAAAGUUUACUGUAAUUCAUACUUAACAUUUUCUAAUAGCUGCCAUCUUUUUUGUGGAGAUUUUGUUUUUUUUAUUUUGGAAUGAAACUCUUUUUACUGUUUGCCACAUAGAAUAUGAUUGUAAAAGUAGACAAAUAUAUGUAUAAAGAUUUAAAAACACAUGCCAAAAAGAUCAAUCAAGCAUAUAUAUAGUAAAAAAUCAUGCCUUUUUUAUACACGGGAAUAUAGACCUCCAUGCAGCUGCAGUCUCGCCAGAUCACCUCCCAGUUGGACAUUUGGUCAGUGGGGAUCUAGUAAACAAGAACUGUUGUUAUGAACUGUUUGGUUCCCUAUGGCUUAUGGACAUAUAGACAAAUGGGAGAUUAGUCUGGUGUGAGGACUGGCAAACCCAAAAGGAAAUAAGUCUGUCAUAUCAUUUUUUUUAAAUCAAAACCGUAGCAAAUACUAAAGUCUGUAGAGAACACAGCAACAAUAAGAACAUACGCUAAAGACCUGAAGGCACUGACUGUUGCGCUGUUGUUUCCCGAGAAUUUCCUGUGUUAGUGACAUACGUGUGAACAAGGCUUUCUUUGCAUGAGUGUUUUCUAUCACUCUAGUCUGCUCUUGAAUGUCUUUUGAUGUACAAUAUUAGAACAACAGAAAGUGGGACUCAACUGGAUUAUAAAGAAAAAACAGGAGCAUGUCAGUGAAUUACGAUAUUGCAAAUGUGCUGCAACGUCGGCAACGGGGGCACCGCUCCGUCCUGAUUAUUAGACGUUAAUAGUUCACUGCUGCGAAAAACGUAUUACUUUGUGACCUUUGCGACACUCGGCGGCCGACGUAAACCCCAGAACGCAGCUCUGUUUAUACACACAAACUAAUCCACACGUGUUUCAGUUUCACUUAAACCUCAUAAAGUCAAAGAGAUUCAUGUGAUAUUUUAAUGAACUGACAUGCUCUGAUUUAUUCCAGGCUUAAGGGUUGGAUAAAUACUUUUAUAUCUGAAUUAAUUUUUGUCUUUUUUAUUGUUUGUGCAUCACUGUAACAUGUUGGCACCAGUUUGGCCUCUAUAUUUGUUAGUCUGUACCGAGUGGGAGGAAUCUAGAUACAAUUUCUUUUGAAAACAAUGCCACAGAAAGUACAAAGAAAUCCGCCCUUCGAAAUCAAAUUGUUCUACGUUCCUUUCACCUCAAACACCUGUACGAGGGUUAUAGUUUGUUUAGUCCAGUCAGCCCAUCAUGUCUCCACUCAUUGCUAGUGAAGGAUGCUGUUAUAUGUAUACCCUUGCAGAGAUCAAAUGCUUUUCACUCUUUUUGCGCUUUGCUGGACAUGUGUUGUAUCUGAGAUGAGAUAGUUAAUGAUUCGUGUCAAUAAAAACAAA